AUGUGGCCAAAAAUAAGUGCUGGACAGAUGAAGAGGAGGACGUUCAAGAAGUUCAGUUUUAGGGGAGUUGAUCUCGAUGCCCUCCUUGACAUGCCCACAAAGGAGCUCAUCAAACUCUUCCAUGUCCUGGCUCAAAUAAGGUUCCAGAGAGGUUUGAAGAGGAAGCCGAUGGCAUUGAUCAAGAAAAUGCACAAAGCAGUAAUCAAUCUCUUCCUUAAAUUUCAUUUUGUUUGA